UUGCAUUCACACUGACAUUUUUUGGGGAAUGUGGAGGAAAGCGCGUAGCACGAAACGAGGCCAAAAUGAGGUGGAGGAAAGAGGACACUGGGGCAACAAGGUGGAGUUCCUCCUGGCUGUUGCUGGCAACAUUGUUGGCUUGGGGAACGUGUGGAGGUUUCCUUACUUGUGCUACAAAAACGGCGGCGGUGCAUUCCUGGUGCCGUAUCUGGUGUUUGUGGUGACGUGUGGCGUACCGCUUUUCCUUUUGGAGACCGCUGUAGGCCAGUACACCAAAGAGGGGUGGGUCACCUGCUGGAGGAAGGUGUGCCCACUGGCUGAAGGUAUUGGCUAUGGGGGGCAGCUGGUCCUGCUCUACAGCUGCAUGACUUACAUCAUUAUUCUGUCCUGGGCUCUCUUCUACCUGCUGUUCUCCUUUAGCUCCCAGCUGCCCUGGAGCACCUGUGACAACUACUGGAACACAGCGGAUUGUGUAGACUUCACAACAAGUAAUCACACUUUGGGGGGCACCAACCACACUAACCGGACAUCAGCAGCAACGGAAUUCUGGGAACGAAGAGUGUUGAACAUCUCAAGGGGCAUUGAGGAGAUCGGAAGCAUCAGGUGGGAGGUGCUUCUGUGCCUCAUCUUUAUGUGGAUCGUAUGUUACUUCUGCAUCUGGAAAGGAGUUAAAUCUACCGGAAAGGUAGUGUAUUUCACUGCAACCUUCCCGUAUGUCAUGCUGCUCAUCCUUUUGAUCCGUGGAUUAUCCCUUCCUGGAGCCAAACAAGGAGUGGUGUUCUAUCUUCUGCCAGAACUGUCGCGACUCAAGGACCCUCAAGUAUGGAUGGAGGCCGGGGCCCAGAUCUUCUUCUCAUACAGCCUUGGUGUGGGCACUCUCACCGUAUUGGGCAGCUAUAACACUUACAACAACAACUGCUACAAAGACUCUUUGUGGCUGUGUUUACUGAACAGUGGUACCAGUGUGGUGGCUGGCUUCGCCGUCUUCUCUGUGCUGGGGUUCAUGGCUCAUAAACAGGGAGUUCCCAUUGCAGAAGUUGCCGAGUCGGGUCCAGGCUUGGCGUUCAUCGCUUACCCUCAGGCGGUGGCCAUGAUGCCGCUGCCUCAACUGUGGUCCAUCUGCUUCUUCUUCAUGAUCCUGCUCCUGGGCCUGGACACACAAUUUGUUAGCAUGGAGGUGGUGAUGACGUCUGUCACGGACAUGUUUCCCACAGUGAUGCGCCGGGCGGGCAGGCGGGAACGUUUCCUCCUCCUCUUUUGCCUCACAUGUUUCUUCUCCCAGAUCAUCAUGAUCACAGAUGGAGGGAUGUAUAUCUUUCAGGUGUUUGACUACUACGCCUGCAAUGGAGCCUGCAUCCUCUUUCUCUGUGUGUUUGAAAGCUUGGCAGUGGGCUGGAUAUUUGGAGCAGAGCGGCUGUGCGGCAUCAUAGUGGACAUGACGGGCGAGCGUGCCAACCCUUACUUCCAAAUCUGCUGGCGAUACAUCACCCCCAUCAUUUCACUGGGGUCUUUCAUAUGUUCAUUAGUAGAGUACCAGCCUCUGACCUUCAAUCGUUGGUACGUGUACCCAACCUGGGCCUACGUGAUGGGCUGGGUUCUGGCCCUCUCCUCCAUUCUGCUGAUUCCGGGCUGGGCGCUGUACAAGCUGGGCACCAGCACUGGAACCCUCUGUCAGCGUUUGCAUCGUCUGUGCUGGCCCGAGCUGCCUGACCACUCUGUUACCCGCAAAAUUGAGACGGCACUGCAACCCAUCACUGAGGAGGAUCUGGAAUGAGUAACAGACAGGAGCACAAAGAAGACAAGCACAAGGCAUCCCACUGGACAUCCUGUUUAUAUAUAUUGAUAAUCUCCGCAUGCCAUCAACGUAAAUAAAGGUUCAUUUCAUGCAUGUGUAAGGGAAGAAAUCAUACAUUUUGGUUGUGUUACAUUCUAUUAUCAUUUUUCUUUUGCUAAAUCAAUGAAAAUCUAAUUCUGCAUGAAUCAACUUGACAUUUUGGCCAAAUAUGAAAUAAAACAGUGGCCUAC